UCUGUCUGCCUUGGUCGGUUUGCUGUGGUCCCCGCCCCUCCCUGCGGAGUGCGGCGCCUUCCCGUAAUCUAAGUCUUUGCAGGAUUUGGUUUUGUAGGGGAUUGGUGAUAACGCGGCCUGCUCUGACUCUUCGUUUGGCAUCAGAUCUACUCUUCGCUGUUUAAAUGUCACAAAUGGAAUUUAAAGAGUAGUAACUGGAGGAAAACAGUCAAGGAUAAUCUCUGCAUCAAGAGUGCCUGGUGGAGAAUGCAAUGGGAUCAAUAGCAUGUCUGCGGAGAGUGGCCUUGGAUCAAGACUGAGAAAUUUACCAGUAAUGGGGGAUGGACUAGAAGCUACACAAAUGUCUACAACACAGGCACAGGCCCAACCCCAACAAGGCAAUACUUUAGCCAUUAAUCCACCUCCGCCAGAGACCUCAAAUCCUAACAAACCCAAGCGCAUGACCAACCAACUACAGUAUCUGUUCAAAGUGGUGCUCAAGACACUAUGGAAACAUCAGUUUUCAUGGCCUUUCCAACAGCCUGUGGAUGCUGUCAAACUAAACCUCCCUGAUUAUUAUAAAAUUAUUAAGACUCCUAUGGACAUGGGAACAAUAAAGAAACGCUUGGAGAAUAACUACUACUGGGAUGCUCAAGAAUGUAUCCAGGACUUCAAUACAAUGUUUACAAAUUGUUACAUCUACAAUAAGCCAGGGGAUGAUAUCGUUUUAAUGGCAGAAGCUCUAGAAAAGCUUUUCCUGCAGAAAAUCCCUGAAAUGCCCCAGGAAGAAACUGAAAUCGGUAUAGUCCAAACAAAAGGAAGAGGACGUGGUAGGAAGGAAGCAGUUACAUCCAAGGCAGGAGCAUCAGCGGUACAGAAUACAACUCAAGCAUCAUCCCCACCUCAGACGCAGGCUCCACCACCAAAUCCUCAGCCAGUGCAAAGAACUCAUUCCUUUUCUUCUGUGACCCCUGACCUUAUUGUCCAGACGCCAGUAAUGACGGUGGUGCCCCCCCAACCUCCUCCACCACCACCUCCCCCUCCGCCGCCUCCAGCUUCAGUCCCCCAGCCCAUUCAGACACACCCGCCGAUUAUCACGACCCCUGCACAGCCCAUGAAGACAAAAAAGGGCGUAAAGAGGAAAGCAGACACUACAACACCAACGACAAUAGAUCCAGUUCAUGAAUCUUCAUCGCUGCCCACUGAACCCAAGUCUGUCAAGACAGGUCCACGAAGGGAAAGCCGACCUGUGAAGCCUCCAAAGAAGGAUGUUCCAGACUCCCAGCAGCAUGUAGUAGAGAAAAUUAACAGUAACAAAGUGUCGGAGCAACUAAAGUAUUGUAGUGGCAUCAUAAAGGAGAUGUUUGCUAAGAAGCAUGCUGCAUAUGCAUGGCCCUUCUACAAACCUGUGGAUGUGGAAGCAUUGGGGCUUCAUGAUUAUUGUGAUAUCAUUAAGCAUCCCAUGGAUCUGAGCACAAUUAAAUCCAAACUGGAGAACCGGGAUUAUCGAGAUGCUCAGGAAUUUGCAGCUGAUGUCCGAUUGAUGUUUUCUAAUUGUUACAAGUAUAACCCUCCUGAUCACGAGGUAGUUGCAAUGGCACGGAAACUGCAGGAUGUAUUUGAGAUGCGCUUUGCUAAGAUGCCAGAUGAACCUGAAGAACCUGUGAUUCCAGCUUCCUCACCAGUAGUGGUGCAGCCCCCACCCAAAGUGCCCCCACCUUCAUCCAGUGAUAGCAGCAGUGACAGCUCCUCUGAUAGUGACAGCUCAUCAGAUGAUACUGAAGAAGAGCGAGCUCAGCGGCUAGCAGAGCUCCAGGAACAGCUGAAAGCAGUGCAUGAGCAGUUGGCUGCCCUGUCCCAGCCGCAACAGAACAAACCAAAGAAAAAAGAGAAGGACAAAAAAGAAAAGAAAAAAGAGAAGCACAAAAAGAAGGAAGAAAUAGAAGAGAAUAAGAAAAAUAAAACCAAGGAUCCACCACUUAAGAAGGCCAAGAAAAGUAACAGCAGUAGCAGUAACUCAAGUAGUAAGAAGGAGCCUGUGACUGUGAAGAACACCAAGCCACCUCCUGCUUAUGAGUCUGAGGAGGAGGACAAAUGUAAGCCAAUGUCUUAUGAGGAGAAAAGACAGCUGAGCCUGGACAUUAAUAAACUCCCUGGUGAGAAACUAGGCCGGGUUGUCCAUAUCAUCCAGUCAAGAGAACCCUCACUCAAAAACUCCAAUCCUGAUGAGAUUGAAAUUGACUUUGAGACAUUAAAGCCAUCCACGUUGCGGGAGCUGGAAAGAUAUGUAACGUCUUGUUUACGGAAGAAGAGGAGACCUCAAGCAGAGAAAGUGGAUGUAAUUGCUGGUUCCUCUAAAAUGAAGGGGUUCUCCUCCUCAGAGUCUGAGAGCACCAGUGAGUCCAGCUCCUCCGACAGUGAAGAUUCAGAAACAGAAAUGCCCCCCAAACUUAAGAAAAAAGGACAUUCUGGACGAGAACAAAAGAAGCAUCACCAUCAUCAUCAUCAACAGGCGCAGCAGCAGCAGCAGCCGCCAUUGCAACCCCAGCAGCAGCAACAGCAGCUGCCACCACCUCUACCUGCCCCUCAGCCAGCAGCCCCUCCAGUCAAGUCCUCGCCGCCAGCAUUUGUUCCGGCGCAGAUCCCAGUUAUGGAGCAUCCGCUCCCAGGGAACAUGUUUGACACUAUCUCACAUUUCACUCAACCUAUUAUGCAUCUGCCUCAACCAGAGGUGCCACACCAUCUCCCUCAGCAACCUGAGCACAGCACUCCUCCUCACUUGAAUCAACAUGCCGUGGUGUCCCCUCCAGCUUUGCACAACGCUCUGCCUCAGCAACCCUCCAGACCCAGCAAUCGAGCCGCAGCACUCCCUCCGAAACCUCCUCGGCCUCCAGCAGUGUCCCCUGCUCUGAACCAGCAGCCCAUGCUUCCGCAGCCCCCGCUCCCCCAGCCUCCCCAGGUGCUUCUGGAGGAUGAAGACCCUCCUGCCCCUCAUCACAACCUGGCCCUGAGCAACAGCCAGAUGCAACUGUACCUGCAGCAGCUGCAGAAAGCGCAGACACAGACUUCUCUCCUCCCUUCGGUGAAGGUCCAGUCGCAGCCUCAGCCACCCCUUCAGCCGCCCCCUCAUCCUCCCGUGCAACAACUGCAGCAUCAGCCACAGCAAAGGCCAGUACAUAUGCAGCCCAUGCAGUUCCCACCCCAUAUUGCUCCUCCUCAGCCCCCUCCACAGUCGCAUCUACCCCCACAGCAGCAGCAGCCGCCGCCGCCACCACCACAGCAGCCGUCAAAACCCCAACAAGUCAUUCAACACCACCCAUCACCAAGGCAUCAUAAACCAGACCCCUAUUCAGCUGGUCACUUGAGAGAAGCGCCUUCCCCUCUCAUGAUGCAUUCCCCACAGAUGCCACAGUUCCAGGGGCUGCCACACCAGUCUCCACCACAACCAAAUGUCCAGCCAAAAAAACAGCAGGAACUGCGAGCAGCGUCUGUGGUUCAGUCGCAGCCUAUGGCGAAAGAAGACAAGAUGCAGUCGCCAGUCAUCCGAAAUGAGACUUUCAGUCCAGCCUUGCGGCAGGAUCCUCCCAAGCACCCAGAGAGCAUCAAGCCGCCUGCACAUAUCCAACAACGAACAGAGAUGAAGCCAGUGGACAGUGGACGGCCUGUUAUAAGACCCCCAGAGCAAAAUGCACCACCUGGAGUUCAGGAAAAGGAGAGACAGAAGCAGGAACCAAAAACACCAGUUGCCCCUAAAAAGGAUCUGAAGAUAAAGAAUAUGGGCUCCUGGGCAAGCUUAGUGCAAAAGCACCCCAUCACACCGUCCUCUACAGCAAAAUCCAGCAGUGACAGCUUUGAGCAGUUCAGGAGGGCAGCCCGGGAAAAGGAAGAGCGCGAGAAGGCCUUGAAAGCUCAGGCAGAACAAGCAGAGAAGGAGAAGGAGCGGCAGAGGCGGGAGCAGGAGAGGAUGAGGAGUCGUGAAGAAGAGGAUGCUCUUGAGCAGGCUCGCAGAGUUCAUGAAGAAGUCCGACGGCGCCAGGAGCAGCAGCCACAGCAUCAUCAACCGCCACAGCAGCAGCAGCAGCAGGUGUCAGCUACAGCCUCUGCUCCCCAAGCACAGAGCUCUCAGCCACAGUCUUCUCAGUCCAUGCUGGACCAACAGAGAGAGAUGCUCAGAAAACGAGAGCAGGAACGAAGGCGCAGAGAGGCAAUGGCAGCUACGAUCGACAUGAAUUUCCAGAGUGAUUUGUUGGCAAUAUUUGAAGAGAAUCUUUUCUAAUAGCGCCUGGUUUUCUUCUCCUGACUCUCUAAUUUCCCGGCAAAUCUUUGACUCUCCAUAGUGGUGUUGGCGGCUGGGAGGAGAGCAUUCCUGCAGCCUUUCUGCAUGUGUGACAGUCGUGGCCUCAGAAGGAUCAGCAGAGUCUGCCUUACAAUUUGACUUUCUUCCCCACCCCCCACCCCCACCUCACGGAAGAAAGAGAGACCAAGACAAGCCAACUCUGUACUAGGUUUGAGUCAGUGGUCAUGCCGUUGCUGGGAAGGGUGCCCCUGAUCACUUGAUAUUCUCUAUGCCAAACUUACUUGCAGUAUAUCCAGGACUUUAUGCUGUUCACCCCUUUUCUAUUCAUAAGAGUUCUUAGUUACAGAAUGUCUAUGACCCUACAAUGCUGUGUGCCAGUGGCAACACAAGACACUCUGCAUUGAGAGGCUAUGUAUAAGAAGACCCUGCCUGGGCUUCAGCAGGGAAAACACACAAGCUGUUUCUGGUCCUUUCAUCACUGGCUUUGCCUUUAACUAAACUUCCCGCAAGCCUUUAGCUGGGAGUCAUUCUCUGUAAGUGUUCGCUUGUGAAAAAGGGAAUAAUUUAGUGGAGGUGUCAAGUGUAACUGGCCAUUUGAGUGAGGUUUUUGUUUUAGCAUUGUGUGGAGGUCCAGGAAUCUGAGCUAGACUACCAACCAAAGUCAAUUUCUUUCAAUCUGUUUAUUUUCCUCCAGACAAAUUGGCACUGCUCAGCUCUUGAGUGGGUAUUCUUGUCUCUUCAUUACAGAGUGGAGUGGAGUGGGGAAAACAUUAGCACCAGGGGAAGCUCCCACCCUGUCAAUAGUGUUUGACUGUGGCUGUAUUGUAUAGUGAAUAUAGUUGGCAUAUAUUUGUUUGAGUUUUACUGGUGAGCCCACCAAACUCUGUAAAGACACUGCUUAUAUUUUGCUCCGUUCCAGACUUUUAGUCUAUAUUUUUAAUUGUAAUACCAGAAAGCUACAUUUUGGGUUUCUCAAUGUCAUGGAGUCUGUUUUAAGAUUAGUUUUUAUACAGCAAAGGAGAAGCUUGGAGGAGGGCAGGUGGGAGUGGACUUGAAUCAUCAGGCAAGAAGACCCUGCUCCGGUUGCCUUCAGUCGAGUCUUCUUUCACACCCGCAGUGAUCAUUUCCCCAACACCUUUAGUGUGUUCUUUUCAUUUUACUCUUUGAAUUGUUCCAAGUUUAUGUGCCAUAAAUACCCACUAUACAGUACAAUACUGGUGUGUCAGUAUUGGCCAAUCUCUGGAGUAAUUAAUUGGUUUUACUUUAAUACGGUGAAUAUGCAUUUGGUCUGUACUGAUCAUGAAAUAAACUCAUCUCUUUUUUUUUAAA